AUGGGUGCUCGGCCCGACCGUUCCCUUGUCGACCUCCAGCCCGAACGAACCGAAAGUCCGUUCAAACCCUCAGCGUCCCCUAAGCGACGUGACAGUGAUGCCUCCUCGAAAACUCAGAACCACCCGAAGCCCGAGCGUCCUCUUCUUCGCGUGUCUGCUUCUCAUUUGCCCAACUUACGUAUAUCACAGUCGUCCAUAGUUGAUGGUAUUCUUGAUACCUCGUCUAUAUACAGCACCAAGCUCACCACACCCGUGCUUGACACACAGCCCAACUUCAACGCUGGUAUGCAAGGUCGUCGCGCGCUGCAUAGAGAAGGACAGCCACUGGAUGCGUCUGAUCGGAAAUCCACUACCAUCCCUGCCCAUAUCAAACGACGCGUCAUCAGCAAGGAAUUUUGGAUGAAGGAUGAAAAUGCCCGUGACUGCUUCUACUGUGGUGAUCCCUUUUCGACCUUCCGCAGAAAGCACCAUUGCAGGACAUGCGGUCAAAUCUUUGAUGCAAAGUGUACUGUGACUGUCCAAGGUAAGCCCUUUGGUCAGUCAGGCACGCUCAGAUUAUGCAAGCCAUGCGACGCCAUGAUCUAUGGCAGUGACGAUGACUCGACGGUCUUUACUGACGAGGACGAACCCGUAAAGUCUCCCAUCUCCGGUUCCCAUAUGCGGGACCAAGAUGUCUUCAAGCCAGAAGAACCGGGGCUCGCAACACCUUCAAUAGGUAUUCCAGUGUCGAGGAGGAAUAGGGAAGCCAAGAGGCGCUCUGCUGUCAUUGAAUUCGAUAUGCAGCCUACGUUAGCACGGCCAAGCUCAUCUCGCUCACUAAAGUCCAUGACUGGAAGACCGCAUUCUUCAAGUCACAAGCGUCACCACUCUCGACAUCAGUCCGUACGGCCACUCAAAACUCCUGCGGAAGAACGAGGGCCGUUCUACCAGAAUUUCGCCGAAACACAGCGAAGACCGUUCACUGCCUUCCACAAUGACAACAUCAUUGAUCCCGACUUGGCUCCAUUUUUAUCUGAUGACGGCUCUGACGCCGACGACCAGCCUAGCAUUUACACCGCAAUUAGUGAUGUUCCUGGCCCUUCUUCGCUGGACAACGAACGGGCUGGUUUCACAAGUUUACUAGCUUCAGCAGUCAAGAAAGGUCGCUCACGAAGGGGCGAUAGAAGUGCUGGUGGUCACAGCUUACGUGCCUCCCGUGACUUGGAGCACUUCAUGUUUGCUUCUAAGCACCUGCCAAAGCUGCGAAAACAGCGCAAUCCAAGCAUCGGUAGCGUCGGUGUAUCACGUCCAUCUCCUCGAAGAAGCCGUAGUCAAAACAUGAUGAAGACUUUCGAAGCUGGAGCGAACGACCAAUCGGUAUUUGAUAUCUUUAACCCUGUUCUUGCCGACCAGGCUCAGGUCAAACGAAGCUCUGGCAUGCAUGGUCAGAAUGCUCCUGCGGUCGAGCUGAACAGGGCCAGUAUGCAACAUGUUGAGCGUCUUCUGACCCAGCUACUCAAAGAAUCUGAAAUCCCUCGACGGCGACACUGGCAAAAAGCUCUAAUGCCUAUUCUUCUGCAGUGUCCCAAUGACGUGGACCCAGAUGUCCAGAACGGCGACGACAUGGACAUCAGAAACUAUAUCAAGAUCAAGAAAGUACCAGGAGGCAAACCUGGAGAUACGUCAUACGUUUCAGGAGUCGUCUUCAGUAAAAACAUUGCACUCAAGGGUAUGCGUCGAAGCUUUGUUCGUCCCCGCAUCGUGAUCAUAUCGUUUGCUAUCGAGUACGCGCGACAUAAUCAUCACUUCAUGAGCUUGGAGCCUGUUAUUGCUCAAGAGCGAGAGUACUUGCGUAACCUUGUAGGUCGCAUCGUCACGUUGAAACCACAGAUUCUGUUGGUUCAGCGAAACGUAUCAGGACUAGCUCUCAACAUGCUGCAAGAAGCUGGAAUUACCGUGGUCUACAACAUCAAAGAAUCUGUCCUUGCUGCUGUUGCUCGAAUGACACAGACUGUCUUGAUCAAGUCAAUAGACAAGCUUUCGAUCGAGCCUUCUGGCCUGGGACAGUGUUCCAACUUUGAUGUCAAGACUUACGUCCACGGUAAAGUCAGAAAGACCUUUAUUUGGAUAUCUGGCUGCCAGCCGGAUCUCGGCUGCACCAUCGUUCUGCGUGGAGCAGAGAUGGAGACCCUUCGCCAAAUCAAGCGGAUCACAGAAUUCAUGUGCUAUGUUGUCUACAACCUCAAGUUGGAGACCUGUCUCAUGCGAGAUGAGUUCGUGUUGAUUCCUUCCUCGAUCAGCACGACUAAAUCAACCCCACCAAACAUCAACGACGAUCAAGACGACGAGUCAAUGCCAUCGCAGUAUAGAGAAUUAAUCGAGACAGCCAGGACUCGUCUGAUCUCAUCGUCGCCAUUUGUCAAGUUCCCUGAACCCGUACUUCUCGCCAAGGUCCAAGACCAAGAGCGACGAGUUGAACAAACAAAAAGAUUAAGAGACAGGUAUGAUGCAUUCGAGGCCGGGCCAGACCAUAAUGAAAAGAGCGACGAGACUGGAGAGAAAAGUGUUGCCCCCACGAGCAAAUUCGAGUUGGUCAUACCAGAGAUGAUCUCGAAGCCUGUUCCUGCUGAACAAAGCAAAUCUACUCGGAAAUUUCUCCGGGACAUUCAUGACGCUCAAUACGAAAUGGCUCUCCACGAAUACGGCAUCAAGAAAAGACAAUGGGAGUCAUUCUUCUCGAUCAGUAACAAUAAUCCGUUCAACCCCUUCAAUCAUCAGAACAUCUUUGUCCUACAUUCUCUCGUCAGCAAUGCGUUGUCUGCACCUUGUGCCGGUCCUGAAGUUCUAGGUCUUUCAUUCUAUGCCGGCUGGGGAAAUGCCGAACUAGGAUUGGAGGAAGAUCUUACUCUUGGACAAUUCAUAGAGGAGACUUGCGCCACUGCAUCCACUGCUUGCAAACAAUGUAGUCACCGCAUGUUUGAUCACCAUCGUCAAUACGUCCACGGCGCCGGCCAAAUCAGUGUCUCUGUCAAACGCUUCCCUUCCAAAUUCCAGAAUCUUCACAAUACCAUUCUCAUGUGGUCAACCUGUAAGAUAUGCCAACAGGAAACUACGUGGAUACCAAUGUCAGACAACACCUGGAAAUAUUCUUUUGGCAAAUACCUGGAGCUCAGUUUCUGGAGCACACCACUGAAGCCACGAGCAGGCGUAUGCCCGCACGACAUACACAAAGACUUUGUGAGAUGUUUCGCCUUCCAAGGUCUUGCUGUCCGCAUUCAAUGGGAUAAUGUCGACUUGUACGAUGUCUUGGUGCCCACACCUACCAUCAAUUGGGAGGUCAAUGCUGGGCUCGAGCUCAAGAAUCAGCUCUAUCUGCACUUCCAAGCGCGUUUGUCAGCUUUCAUUGCCUCAAUAAGAGUUCGUCUGAACUCUAUCAACCUCUCUACUGUCGCGCCAGAGAAGCAGUCCGAUGCUUCAGCGACUCUCGAAAAGCUGGCACAGAGGGUAGACAGCGAUCAUGAGGCCUUGUUGCAGAAACUUCAAGACAAGUACAUGGCUUCCAAAUUCUAUGAAGUCAUCCCUCUCAAUCGCGCUGUUCGCAUGAUGGACGAGAAGGCACUCGCAUGGGAUGAAGACUUUAAUGACUUUGAGACGAAGUUCUUUCCUUCAGAACAUGAUAUAAGAAGAUUGGCUACUCUCCAGUUGAAAAAGUUGUUCCUCGAUCGAGGCGAAGCAGCUGGAAUUUCUCAUUACGAUCUGAAUGAUGCCGAUGAAGGCAUGGAAAUGAAAGAGAGACCGACUUCGGGCAUGGGCCUCACUGAUGAAGAUCUCCAAUCAGAAAAGGCUCAGCACAUGCUCACUGCUGUUGUCGAAGAACAUGGUCACUCACAUCCAGAGGCAAGUAACAACAUGAACACUCUCGAACCCGGAGUUCAGAGUACCGAAGGUUCAGACAACCCCAUUCUGUCCAAACAACUGUCUCCUAGCGAGAUUGAGCAGGCUGUCGAGAGAGACGAUGUCAAACAUCUCGAUCUUGCCGUUCCUUCAGCCUUCUCAGAACCUCCCGGAGAUCAAGAGACCCCGAGAGCCGAGAACGGCCUACAAGAAAGAGAUACGGUCGAGUCCAAAUCUCCCGAGUCAUUCGUAACCGAUCCCAAACCGUUGAACUCCAGUAUUCUCGAACGUAUCGAACAGAUGCGUUCCGCUGCCGCUGCUGCAACAAGCCCGGAGUCAGGUAUGCCUGAAUCAAGAAUACCACGUCUUGUCCGCAGUCGAGGUCCCAUAUCUCCACCACUUGGUCGAACGCAAUCACAGCCUGAUGGCAUACCGAAGAGAAGUAUAGAUUCCACCUCGGAGAUGCCAACAAUCCAUGCAGUUGGCAGUGGUGAGAGCUCGGGUACUACUACACCUACUCCUGGAAAACAUCAGAACAGAGACCUAGCCAAGUCCAUCGAACUUCGAUUGAGUGACCGGCUGGGUGGCGGCUUCAUCAAGACUGGAAGAACACAACAAUCUUUAAUUCCGAGAUCUGUGCCGAGCAAGGCCUUUGAUAACAACACCCGAGUUUCGGCUCUUGCCAAACACUUUGAACAACUAUCUCGUGAGUUCGAGAGAGAAAGAGCGCGUGAGCGUAGGCAGCGAGCGGCUCGACGAAGACAAGUCCGUGCCAAUCCUCUGGCUAGCAGCAAACCUGUCGUUGAGGUCUAUCGAGAUGCUCGCGAAGCGGUUGGUGAGAGAACUGAGCCCGAGGCCGACGAGCCUGCCACGAGCGACGCGAACAAUACAUCAGAUCUGCCGAUGGAAGAUGCACCCGAAUCAAACUCAGACAACGUUCGGGACCAUCACGAAAACGAUGACGCCACCGAGGAUGAGACUGCGGAGUCGACCACUGGCCAUACUGAUACGGACGUUGAAGGUGAUACGACAGACAACGACAUUCAUCUGCCCUACAAACCUGGUCAUUCAGAUGUCGGAUCAAUCUCGGGCAAUGGUUCGACUGCAUCACCUCAUGAUGCAGACUCGCACUUGGACAUGACAUUGCCGAGACACGAGAAGCACUCGUUGAUGAAGAUGCUUACAAGCUUCUGGUCCGAACGUUCAUCAUCCGGCUGGAUAUCGCUCGACUACCCAUUGCACUCCAACGAGCACGUCUUUGAUGAUAGCGACAUCAUCGUACGAGAAGACGAGCCCGCAUCAGUCAUUGCACUCGCCCUCUCCUCUGCAGAUUAUACCGCCAAACUUCGAGAGUUCCGCGGCAAUCCCAACGGCGGCUUCCACGGGCACCGAGGCCACACUGAAUCGCAAUCCAGCUUCAACUUUGCCGCAGACAUCAGUAGCAAUGAUGCCAGCCAGCAAUCUGCCAUCGAAGCCAGUCUGAUCAGUGAAACGGGCACGCACAUGAAAUACAGCUUCAGCCACAACAACGUGCGCGCCACUUGCAAAAUUUUCUACGCCGAGUCCUUUGAUGCACUCAGACGCAAAUGCGGCGUCAGCGAACGAUUCGUCGAAUCGCUUUCCCGAUGCGCGAAGUGGGAUUCCAAAGGUGGCAAGACCAAGUCGCUCUUUCUCAAGACCUUGGACGAUCGCUUCGUCAUCAAGUCCUUGCAGGAAGUCGAGCUGAAGGCGUUUACCAAGUUCGCUCCUGACUAUUUUGCCUUUUGCGCUCAGAGUCUGUUCCAUGGCGUUCCCUCUGUGAUUGCCAAAAUGUUUGGUCUUUUCCAAGUCGAGCUGCGCAACCCUUCCAAUGGUGUCGAAUUUUCUUCCUAUCUUCUCGUCAUGGAGAAUCUCUUCUACUCUCGCAAUCCCACCCGCAAGUUUGACUUGAAGGGCAGCAUGCGCAACCGCAAGAUUGAGAGUACGGGAUUACCUGAUGAAGUGUUGCUUGAUGAGAAUUUGGUCGAGACUAUUUUCGAAAAGCCGCUGUUUGUUAGAGAACACGCGAGAAAGCUGCUCAAAGCUAGCGUGUGGAAUGAUACCAUGUGGUUGUGCAGGCAAAAUGUUAUGGAUUACUCGUUGAUGGCUGGCUUCGAUGACGAAAAGAAGGAAUUGGUUGUUGGUAUUAUUGAUUGUAUCAGAACCUACACUUGGGACAAAAAACUCGAAUCCUGGAUCAAAGACCGCGGCAAGAACAAACCCACCAUCACAUCCCCCAAGGACUACCGCAACCGUUUCCGCGUCAGCAUGAUGCAAUAUGUGUUGCAAGCACCCACAGUCUGGCACUCUUUCCUCGCACCCGGUUUGCCAGUCACCGGCGUAACAUUCAAUGCGGCUGGCACGGUUGAGGUUAGCAGAAAUGGCAAUGGGCUGGGUGCUGCAGUGAUGGGAGGGGGAGGAGGAAAUGCAGAGGGAAGGAGUGUAGCGGGCAGUUGGGAGGAGAGAAGUACGGCUGAUGAGGAUAGGAGGAUUGCGCUGCAGGCCGAGGGACAGGUGUUGGACGAUGCUACUAUCAGGGAGAUGUCGACCAUGUCGUUUGUCUAG